AUGUCUCCCCCGCACCAAUCCAUCAUCGUCCAGAAAGGAACGUUUCUGGCCCCCGGGGCCCCGAACCCCCUCCCCGCCGGCAAGGCUCGCGCGCUUCGGCGCAAGGAAAUGAAGAAGGUCAAGGCGAAGAAGGCCGAGAAGAAGAAGUUCGAGUCUGGGCGCGCGUCGGUGAAAGAGAUGAUUGCGGAGGCCGAGCGCCUCGAUAAGGCCGCUGCUGUUGAGGAGGAGGAAGCGCGGAAGAAGCGAGUCCGCGCCGCGAAUCUGCGGGCGGCAGUGGCGGUUAAGGAGAAGGAGAAGGAUGAGAAGGAGGAAAAAGAAGAGAAGAAAGAGAAGAAGGAAGAGGAAGAGGAAAUGCUGAUCAGCUUUGAGGAUGAGAGUGAGCAGAUGAUCAUCGAAGAAAAUAUUGGAAUCCCGGCUGACGUGAAUAUGACGCAUUUCCGGAGUUCUAGAGGUAGGACAGACCUACUGGACGUUGAUGCCAUGUCCUUCGCUGCCCUCAAGCCAACUUGCAUCGUCUGUGGCACGGAGAUUGAUGGGCGGCAUCGCUGGGCAAAGCAUUUCCGGGCAGUAUCCUUGGGAUCUUCUACCCCAAUCCCUCUAACCCAUCCGUCAGUCUACUGCUCCUCGACAGGUGUGAGGGUGACGGUGCCCUUGUGCCUGGCACCUUCUCAUCCUGCAGUCCGUAUCCCAGCCGAUGCGGUGACGGAUGAAUGGGUUUCCGAGAGGAUGCCCGAGCAUGACCAGACCGAUCUGUACGUGUUCCAUGAGCCCUGCUGGAGACGCCUGAUCAGCCAUUUCAGUCCCACAGAGUUCGAUGUGGGCUAUGUUUUUGAGGCGCUAGAAUAUUUGCCACUGCCCUGGCUACAUGGUUUUCAUAAAGUCGCACCAACGAACUUGAAGCCUCCUUACAUGUGGGAGGCAGUGGAUGAAGGACUUGGACAUCAGCCUGAUUAUGCCAACCUGGAUGACCUCAUGCGAUUUGCAAAAGCACUACCGAGCCCCUGGCGUCCGGUGAUGUCUUCUGCUCCAUUCGUUGCAGACCUCUUCCAGCGACUGCCACUAGAGCUAAUCGAAAUGAUUGCGGUUCUAUUGCCCACGCGGGACGUACUACAUCUCCGCCAGGUGUCACGCGGGGUGGCCCCGGUCUUCAGCAGCUCAGCCUUCUGGAAGACACGUUUCGACUUGAACGCGGAGCGCGGGUUUCUUUGGCCAGUCGUGCGAGACAUUAUAAACACAGCGAAGGGCAAUGGAUUUGAUUGGAGGCUCCUGUACCACUGCACUUGUCAUCUCACCUGCAGCCAAUGGUUUCGCUUAGAGCUGAAAUCUUGGGAGGCGCUCCGGUGGCUUCGGGAUACAGCCCUGGCUUUAGCCUCCGGGGCGCCCCGUCCGCUCGACUAUCGCGGUGAUGUCUUACAUUACUACCAUAAUGCCAGGAUUGGAGAUACGCACCUCGAGGUGAUAGACUGCGAUUCUCGGGUCCUUUACAUUGCGGUUUCUGCACAUGAUGAUUGCGGCUCACAUUAUGACCCUGGGUCUGUGUGUAUCACAGGACUGGAGUUCUUUUUCGAGGAUGGGACAACGGCGAUCUUGGGUUACACUUCGCCCGGAGCAAAGAAUAUUCCCAGAAAGAAGUGGAGAAAUACUGAACGGACAAGAAUGGCCCAUCCUAGAGUCAGAGUUAUGAUGGAUCUGAUCGACUUCAAAGGAAUCAUGGUGACGCAUACACAUGAUGGGAGAGAGAAGCACGCCGUAAACGGCGGAAGUGUUGUGUGGGGAAGAGGGACUACUUUCAUCAAGCUUAUCAAGGUUUACGCACUUGUUCUCUGGAAGAGGUCUCACAAGUCGUGGCGGUAUUUAACGUAA